AUGGCUCAAGGAGCAAAUCCACCAACUCCACCAGCUGGACCCACACCACCAUCUGGGGCGACAGCACCAACAAGUGGCGUGCUCUUCAGCCCAACAACUCCAACUCUUGGGAAUAAGGUCUGCACCAGCUCCAGCACCGAAACCGCUUGGACUGGAGGGAAACCCAAUCCGACCCGUACUGGCCUUGAUCCUUCAGCUUCCACUACCAUGGAACAUCCGGGACAAUUGCGUCCCACAGGCUAUGAAGCAAUGAAAAGCGCCACCUAUCGCAGAAUGUCGGACCUCGUUUCGAUCACCAAGAAGACGAAGAUGACUAGAUUCAAGAAAGAACUUUGGCAAACUGCAGUCUCCCAAGGACUGGACUCCGUUAUGUACCUUCCUUGCAGCGGCGACCAGAUCUCCGUUGUGACAAGCUCCGAUAUGUUCACGAAAGAGGAAGCUGAGCUUGAAUACACCAAGAUUCUCCCGACGUAUGACAGCUACUGCAGAUCCAAUGACAGGGACGCUGCACACUUACUCAUGAACGCCAUUGAUCCAGAUCUUCGAAAGGAAGUUGAACUAUUCCACAACACCACUGAUGGGUUUAUUGUUGUAUGGUACGUUUUCCUUUGUCUCCUCUAUGACAACAACAUCGACCGCAAACGCAACAUUGAAUCCGAGCUUCGGAAGGUUGCCGUCACAAGCUAUCCACAACAGAAUGUCAACGCCAUUGUUGCCACCUUCCUCAACAUGGCAGAAGAACUUGACGAUAUGGAUGACUACAAUCACAACAACACCAACACCAACACCAAUAACAACAACAACAACAACAACAAUCGCAAUGGUGACCGCACCGGCAACGCACCUCCCAAUCCCAAGCGGGUCCAACCCUCAAUUGCCAACGGCGACGUUCCUAUUGCAACCGUGGACGGGGUUCCACACUUCAGGAAGAGCAUCAACGGCAAGGACAUGGAUUGGUGCCAGACUUGCAAACGUUUCACCAACACCCACGCUACUCAUCAGCACGGCUCCGGUACCAAUAACAAUAACAAUAACAAUAACAACAACAACAACAACAACACCAGCAGCACGGCCACCGCCGCCAACCUUGCCUCUACCGAUCUUCCACCGGAUAUUGAUUUUGGCACCUUCAACAUCGCCGACUACAACUUCUACGUAUCCUCUGGUAUCACCUCCCAGGAUGUGCUUGACGUGAUCGCUCCUCCUGCUCUUGUCAAAACUGUCUCUGACAAUGUUCACGACGACACCAUCCCUAUCAUCGACCGCGAUGCUGUCACCGCUCAUCACUGGUGUGUUCCUGUUGCCUCCUUUCCCCACUCUCACUCCACUACCACAUCUGCACUCGACUCUCCUACUGUUGAGACCGUCACUGACGACAAUGACGAUGCAACCAUCAUCCCUACCAUCGACCGCGACGACGUCACCAUUCAACACUGGUGUGUCCCAGUUGAUUCCUUCACCAACUCUGACUCCGCUGCCAUGCAUGGGCCUGCCGUCGACUACGACUCUGACAAUGAUGACGUGCCUCCUUCCCUCGUGGACCGCACUUCGGAUCACGAGUCUGACGACGACUCUGUUCUUGAUGAUUCCUCUUCCGUCCUUCCCCAGGAAACUACGAUUCCCACCUAUCGCCUUCAUCCGCCUGCAUCUCGCCCAGCAUCGCUUUGGCGUCCACUUGCCCUACUCCUGCCACCUCUCUUCCUUGGGCUUCGAUUCCUCCUUCCGUUUCUUGCUACCCACACCAACCGUGGUUUGUCGCAAGCCUCCAUGAUGGUCCAAGACUUCCCCAUUCUGUCCUUUCUGGCUACCCAGGCCAACCGAGGUUUUCUUCACCUGUGGUCUAUUGUCUCCCACCAUCCCACUACCAUUGCAUUUCGCGCCUUUGGCUCUGCCUUCCCUUCCAUCUUUGCUGAGCACCGAUGUUCCUGGUCCGCUCUACCCUUUUGGCUCUGGCUGGUCCUUGCAUUUUUCAUCCUCAUCGGACCCCAACGCCUCUGUACCCCUGCACCUCCCCUUCCCCGCCACGUUCGACGCCAUCUUGCCCGCCUGCACCAUCGGCAGCGCCGUCCCAAACCCACUAUGCAGUUCCCUUCCUUCCGUCAUCCACGCUACCAACCUUCGCGCGCCCAUCUUCUUUCCCGAUGCCAAUGGCAGCGGGUAUCCACCGGCCUCAGCGGCUCCAAGGCUUCAGCGAUUCCCACCAACCUCAGCCACCUUUAUGUCAACUUCCACCGUUGUAAAGCACGCCACCGAUGUCAAUACAAAUCGCAACGUCGUCGCCGUUGGAUGUCGCCCUACACUCGGAGACUCCAAUCCCUUCAGCUACACCAGCUUGCCUCUUCAAUGCGGCUCACACAGCUCCGCACCGGUUUCAAGGCUCAGGCUCAGCAUCAACACCAUUGCAAACAGCGAGGACUCCUCGUUAUCGAUCAAAUUCACCAGUGGAACUGGCAAACUCAACACAGUCAGCAUAUGUCGGAACAGCUGUUACAAGGCGACCUCUCUCCCAUUCUCCCGGAUCUGAUCUCGUCCCCUUCCCCGGUUGCCUCUUUCCCCAGCUGGGAUGAUGACUCCGUCUCCACCAGCUGCUUCAGUGAGAUCGAUGCGCACGAUUCUGACCCACCUGAUCCCACACCUUCCGUCCUCAUCAAUCAACAUGGAACCGUGUCCAUCUACAACGCCACCACGACUAUUGCUACCUCCAUCGCCGAGUUCGCUCAGGAUCACCUAUUCCUCUCCGAGACAUCUGCCGACAUGGAACCAGCGUUUCCGGUCAUCUGGGAUUCUGGAGCCUCGGUGUGUGUCACACCCCACAAGCGUGACUUUGUCGGCAAGCUUCACCCCCCUCCCAACUCCAGCACCAAAGGGAUCGGAGGCCCCAUUGAGGUCACCGGAUGCGGACAUGUCGCAUGGACGUUCAAGACCACCACCAACACCUUCCGUACCUUGAUUCUGCCAGCCGUUCUAGUUCCCUUGGCCAACCAAUGUCUUUUGAGCACCAGCUCCCUCCUUCAUUGUCACUCCAAGGAAACCAUCUCCCUUUCCUCUAACGGCAUGCUACUAUCUGGAACCACUAGCGACGGUGCCUCUACACGACCCAUUGCAGUGGACAUCUCUCCCACCAACAACUUACCUACCGCUACGGCAUACCGCGUCAUUGAUUCUCCGCAACCAACUCCGGAGGCCCACGCUGACGAUGUCACCGUGGCAAUCGACAACCUCCACAGUUCCCAAGGCCCAGCUCCGACAUCAUCUUGCACUGAUCGAAACUCUUUCAUGAUGUCCAGCAUUGCCGAAGUCAGUCGCCACAACAUCAACCUUGACGACGGUGACAAGGAAUGGUUGAAAUGGCAUCAACGUCUUGGCCACCGUUCAUUCGCCAUUGUACGCUUCUUGAUGCGCACCGGAACCCUUUCUAAAAGUCAACGCAUGCGGACGCUGCACACCCACAUUUCCAAACGAGUUGAACCACCCAAGUGUGCCGCAUGUUGCUACGCCAAAGCUAAACAACGUGCCGUUGCCAAGGCCAAAACUCAUGCUCGCGUCAAGGAUGCUCCCAGCUCUCUUCGCGCCAACACUCUUUAUCCCGGUCAAGAGGUAUCCGUUGAUCAUCUUGUUUCAUCUGUUCCUGGCCGAACCUACACUGGCUACGGGAAAGGUCACAAGUCUGAGAUGUUCCGCGGAUCUGCUAUCUUCGUCGACAAUGCGACAGGAUAUAUCUUCGUUCAACAUCAGAAAUCCCUGAACACCCACGAAACAUUACGGGCCAAGGAAAUGUAUGAGGCGAAUUGUCGUGACCUUGGUGUCGUUCCUCAAAAAUACCGCAGUGACAACGCUGCUGUCUUCCACAGCCACGAAUACAAGCAACAUCUUGAAGCCUUCAGUCAAACUCAAAAGUUCGCUGGUGUCGGCCAACACCAUGCCAAUGGCAUCGUCGAAAAGGCCAUUCAGGACAUUCAAUCUACUGCCCGCACAUUACUCAUUCACCUUGCCAUCCGUUGGCCCGAACAAGCCGAUCUCGCUCUCUGGCCAAUGGCCAUUGACCAUGCAGUCUUCCUCCACAACCACCUCCCCGACAUCGACACUGGUCUCACACCCAUGGACAAAUUCUCCCGCCAACGUUGGCCCCACUCCAAAUAUCACGAUAUCCAUGUGUUUGGAUGCCCCACCGACGUUCUCAACAAGAAAAUCGCAGAUGGUAAGACUCUCCCCAAGUUCUCGCCACGCUCCGAACGCUACGUUCACCUUGGGUUCAGUCCUUUUCACGCAAGCACAGUGCCACUGGUCCUCAACCCUCGCACCGGUGCCAUCACACCACAAUUCAAUUGCAUCUUUGAUGACUGGUUUGCCACAUUAUCCGCCAACGUCAACGAUGUCCCCACCUUCAUGGAGGAACAGUGGCAGCAUCGCUUUGGCGACUCCCAAUUUCAAUUUCCCACCGAUGAUAAUGAUCCUCCUUCCUUGACACCUCAAUCUCAAGUCCCCCUAUCUUAUGAGCCUUCCGCUCUUGAUUCCUUUGAACCUUCCACCAGCCGCUACGCCGGCACCCAACCUACCCUUUCUGAUCCCUCCGUUUUCCGUGAACCCUCCCAACCUUCGUUUGAGAGGGAGAGUGUGUCAGUUGAGAGGGAGCAGUCUCCUCCCGCCAAUAUUCCUACAUCCACAAAUACUGGCAAUCCUACUCCAUCACCCCUUCAGAGGGAGCAACAAACUCAGUCAAAGAGUCCCCAUAUAACGGCACGCGAAACUCCCAUUGACCUACCAUCAUCAUCAAUUCCGCCAACAUCAUCAUCCGGACCACCAUUGCGACGCAGUACACGAUCCACCAGAGGUAAACCGGCUCCCAUUCUCGAUCCCAACCCCCAUUCUAAGACCUACGUCUCCAAACCUUUGCCAUCCUCCAACUUGGCCGAGAUCAAUCCAUCAAACGAUCCCGACUUCAAUGACACCGAAAACCUCCAUUCGUUCCCAAAGGACACUCCAUUUCUUGCCAACGAGGAUCUGGUAUUGACCACCAGCCAUCCUUCAUACAGACGAUUCAAGACUCAACCAGAGUCAGAUGAUGGUGGUAUUUGUGGAUUCUAUGACCUCCAUUUCUCCUACCUUGGCUACACCACCACAAACACUCCCAAAUUUGUGUUUCUUGACAGCAAGGCACCACCUGAUUCGAUCGAAUUUCUCAAAACUGGCACCACCGACCCUGAUAUUUUAAGCUGGGAUGAAGCUAUGGCUGGUCCUGAUCGAGACAAGUGGCGUGAGGCUGCCUUGAAGGAGAUCAGAGCACUCGAACACAAGCGCACAUGGUUGGAAGCCCCAGAAUCCAAUGCCACAGUCAGAGUAAUUCCUGGCACUUGGGUUUUUCGAGUCAAACGCGCGCCAGAUGGAUCCAUCAUCAAAUUCAAGGCCAGAUGGGUAUUACGAGGUGAUCUUCAGGACCUGGACAUGGACACCACCGCUGAAGUUGUCGCUUGGUCCUCGGUCCGCACAUUUAUGGUCCUUAGUCUCUAG